AGUUUGAUUUUGAGAGGCAGUAGUCAUGGUGAGAGACGAGCCAAGCAGACAACUCUGGAGAGGCGCCUCUCUUUUUGAUCAGAGGCCACGGCACGCCUCAGGGCGAGGCAGAAGGACCUGAAAAACCUGCUGCCUGCGAUUAUUACUCUCAGCGAGCACCAGCUCAGGAGGAACAAGUGAGCAAGCGUGGAGCCUCCUCCUUUAAACAUAAACACUUUGAUUUCCACAGAAAGCACACACAGAGGCAUCUCUGGUUGUUUUAAAACUCUUUUAACCUUUUUUUUUUUGUCUGUCUGUCUGUUUUUACCCGUGGGACUGUCCCUUUAGCAGCACCUGGGACAUAUUUACUUAUCGGAGUAGCACACACUCUUCUACUCCCUUGUGCCUCCCUCGCCAGAUCUUCUGUGACUGUCAGCCCUCCACUGGGGGACUAUGCCCCUAUCAGUCAAGUGAGGGUGGGGGCUCUGCAGCUGCUCACUCUCCCAUCUGGAGAAGGCUUUGGCUGAAAUUAAAGAAGACGGUAAUUGCUGAAGAUGCAAGCUUCAACUGUCUCACCUGGGACCAGCACUCUAACACCUUCAAACACAACCACCACUACAAAGACCAAAGAACAAAUACUCAUCCAGAGUUCCGGGGCAAUGAUUGCUGUCAUUGUCAUAGGUAUCAUCAUUCUUCUUGCCAUUCUCCUAAUCAUCCUGAAGACGUACAACAGGCGGACACAUGUAUCCAGAGUCCUGGGAACCAGCGGUGGCUCCAAACCUCGUCCGAAGAUGUCACAAUCCAGCAACCUGCCGCUGAGCACCAUGGGAAUCAACUCUGUGUCAGGCAGCAUCUCCAAUUCCAACCCAGUCUCAGAGAAUGGCUUCCAGCUGCCCAGAAUGGAGCUGACCAGUAUGGAGGGAAACCACAUAGAGGAAAGCAGCACCGUCAGUGUUUCCAAUGCGGUAACCAUACACGAUUCUCCAUCAGUGACAAACACAUAGCAGCAAGAGUGUGGUUCUCACAACAGGCCCUGACUGAUGUGUCGUCUUCAUUCAUGACCACAUACUGUGUGCAGACUGAAUCCUGUGAAAACUCAAUCCGUGACGUUAGUGUUUUCACUGCCGAUCUCCACCAA